AUGAUUCAUCAUGUUAACAUCUAUACUUCCCAACCAUCAUUAUUGGCAGAUUCUUACGAAGGUUUUGAAAGAGAAAAUGUGAAAGAAUGGUACUUUUUUAGCCCGAGAGUAUCCAAAAAUGGAAUUCGUGCUACUCGAAAAGCACACUUAGGCUUUUGGAGAAUGUCUCAAUCAGCUAAGCCAAUCCAACAUAAUGGCAUUGACAUUGGCCUAAAAAGUGUUCUCAAUUUUCAUAUGGGAAGCAAUAAAAAGAGCAUCAAGACAGAAUGGAUUAUGCACGAGUACAUAAUAAUCGACGACAAUAACGAUUCGAAUAAUAGUAAAAAUGAUUUUGCUUUGUGCAAAAUAUACAAAAAUCCAAAGAAAUAUAAAAGUAAUAAAGAUGAGGAGCAGCAACUAGGAGCUCAAAAUCAACAAGAAGAACUACAAACAACCGAUGAACAACAACAAUAUUAUCAUCAUCAACAAUCACAACCGCAACUGCAAUCACAACCAUUCAUAUGCAAUGAUCAUUAUCAACCGCAACCACAAUCAGAAUCGUGUUCAUACAAUAAUGUUUAUAAUCAACCACAAUCACAGCCCUAUACAAAUGAAGAACUCCUUUCGCACAACGAUCAUUAUCAAUUACAAUUACAACAGCAACAACAACCGCAAACACAUACAUUCAUACAACAAAGUGAUGAAGAAUCCCUUUCACACAAUGGUCAAUAUCAAGUACAACAACAACACUUGCUCAUACAACAAAGUGACCUGAGUACAAAUGAAGAACUCCUUUCACACAAUGAUCAUUAUCAAUUACAAUUACAACAGCAACAGCAACCAGAAACACAGACAUUUAUACAACAAAGUGAUGAAGAAUCCUUUUCACGCAAUGGUCAAUAUCAACUACAACAACAACAAUUGCUCAUACAACACAGUGACCAGAGUACAAAUGAAGAACUCCUUUCCCACAAUGGUGAUUAUCAAUUACAAUUACAACAGCAACAACAACCAGAAAUACAGAUAUUUAUACAACAAAAUGAUGAAGAAUUCCUUUUACGCAAUGUUGAAUAUCAACUACAACAACAACCACAGUUCAUACAACAAAGUGACCAGAGUACAAAUGAAGAACUCUUUUUUUACAACGGUGAUUAUCAAUCACAAUUACAUCAGCAACUGCAACUGCAACCACAAACACAGACAUUCAUACAGCAAAGCGAUGAAGAAUCCCUUUCACACAAUGGUCAAUAUCAACCACAACAACAAUUGCAGUUCAUACAACAAGAUGAUCAGAGUACUAACGAAGAUGAAUCCCUUUUAUAUUAUGGUUAUGAUCCCAUUAGUUUGUUUUCUACUGGACAAUACCUCACUUAA